GGAAGGAAAUCCUUCAAUAGGAGCUUCAAAUGAUUCUCAUACUUUAGCUUCUGAUUCAGCUCAAAUAAUCGUCUUUUUAACCGAUGGAGAGCAAGGUCAGCUGCACAAUUUUCAUCACCGAUCAAACGCUGCCAAUGAUGAUGUUGAUGUUUCAUUACCUUCAGAUCAAAGUGAAGAAGAGAGGGUAACUGAACAGAAGAUUCGUACAAGCGAGCCCAAGGAAUCAAGACGUUGGCGGUCAAGAAAAUAUCAUUCAAGUCUUUCGCUAUCAUCGGAGUCGAGUACCACCUCCGAUAAAGUCAAAACUAAAACGAAUUCCUAUUUUAAAAAGACUUCUGGCGGUGCGACUUCAUCAAGUUCAACAUCUAGUUCCUCAACUGAAACAGAUUCAACGUUGAUUGGACCUCGACUGCCCAAAAAUUCUUCUUUGCCACAGGGUCAUUUAUCAGGAGAGGAAGAUAAUGAGUCGAACUUCGAGCGAGGGCAGCUAUAUCCGUCUCAGAGACUUCUUCCAUUUAACUUGAUUGAUUUGCAACUAUUUUUCGAGCUCAUUUAUGUAGCAACUUAA